AGCAUACGGUAUACUGACUCUCGAGAAGGACACUUGCUUAUAAUUUGUCUAUGAAAUUUUCGAGAUGAGUGAAAAGAUUUUAACCUUUGCGUGCGUAGUUGCGUUUAUUUACAGCACUAGUGCUGCACGAGCACCAUUCAUAACAAAAUGCAGCUCAAGUGAUCCAAAAUGCGCAAAGAACUCAGGUCAAGCGGCUAUUCCACGAUUCGCUGCUGGCUUUCCGGAACUAGGGAUCGAAACGAUGGACCCGCUUCAUUAUGACAAGAUCGACGCUAGCACUAGCGACCUGAAACUUAUAUUGAGCGACAUCGAUAUCAUUGGUUUGAAAACCUGUAAACUUACGAAACUCGUCCGGGACGUAGCGAGGUCGAAAAUUUUAAUAUCAGGUUUAUGUAACUUGGGUCUAGAAGGGCAGUAUGAGGUGGGAGGCAAUAUCCUGUUCCUACCCAUCCGAGGUAAAGGUGCAGCACACGUUAAACUUAAUAAGCUCUACAUAGAAGUAGACGCGGACAUGGCCGACAAGGUGAAAGAUGGAAAGAAGUACUGGGAUGUGAAGAGCUGGACACACAAAUACGAAUUGCAAGAAAAGGCUGAGCUCGACCUGGAAAACUUGUUCGAAGGAAAUGAGGUUUUAGGUCGUGCCGCCCGGGAACUACUCCGAAGCAGUCCUAAUGAAGUGAUCGGAGAAGUUGGCCCCCCAAUCGUCAAGGCAAUUCUCACCAAAUUGAUCAAGAACGUGGACAAAUUCUUCCACAAAGUCCCCGCUGAAGAAUUAGCUUUAGAUUAAAGUUUAUAUUAACACUAAGUAUAGGUACUUUAGAUCAUAGAUAAAUAUUGAAAUACAAUUUUAGUAGUUCAGCUGUUGCUGUUUACCUAACUUCUACCGUUUUAACUUUUUUUUCUAUGUAUUUGUAAGUUGUUGCGUUUACGAAAGGAGCCUCUCCGUAAAACAUACUAUUCAUAUUCCACCUUACCCGCACAUUUGGGGCACCCUGGGCAACAAACAGCAAGACUUUUGCCCCAAUUGGCAAACCUUUUCACCAUGAUGGCAAAAAAUCCAUAGUUCUGAUACGAUAAGAAGAACAAUUAUCAUCAUCAUCAACCCAUUUAUACGUCUUGUGCUGGGCACAGAUCUCCUCUCAGGUAAGGUAAACCCUCGGCCAUAGUCCGCCACCCUGGUCCAAUGAGGGUUAGGUUGAGUUGAUCUUACACGUUUGCCGAGGGUUGUGACCGGUCUUCGACAUAUAAGUUUGUUCACCACGUUUUCCUUCAUCGAAAAGGUCAUGGUAAAUUUUAAAUAUAUUAAAAAUUUCGCACAUAAAUUCCGAAAAAUUCAGAGGUGCGAGCCCGUAUUUGGACUCACGGCCUCUAUUUGCGAGGCGGUAGGUCAAAUUAUUAGGCUACAACUGUUUUUUUGAGAACAUUAAAUUAAAAAAUGUUAGAAGCAAUCCAAACCCCAAAUGACGCUGAAUUGUUUUUGUUAAAUUAGUUUUUAUUAAAGUACUGAUGUCAUAAUUUAAAACUUUGUAAAG